AUGGAUUCGUCCGAUAUUUAUGGUGGUCCUCCUUUGCAAAUGCCUCUUACGCCAUUCGAAUUCAUCAAACAGCCAAGAGCAUUGCUAAAAAUUACUACCGUGAUUAUUUCGGUCAUCGGUCUUGGUUGUUCAACUAAUGGAUGCACGGUGGAUGGAACUUCGAUAUUUAAUGGAGAUGCGAACGCGUGCCGUUUCGCUGUGGCUGUCACUCUCCUUGGCUUCCUAUUUUCUCUCAUUUCUCUUGUCUCAGACUAUAUGUACGAUAAAACUGCAAAUGUUAAGCGACGACGCUACAUUCUCAUUAGUGACAUUGGAGGUUCAGGCUUGUUCGCGCUACUGAAUUUCGUGGCCUUCUGCUAUCUAGCCAACCGUUGGUCGAACACCGAGAACACGUGGUUGGAGGAGAAGGGUUUUGAGCAGUGGCAACGGCGGAACGCGCGCUCCGUCAUCUUCUUCUCUUUUGUUGCCCUCGUGGCCUGGGUGAGUGCCCCUUGUUCACGCGCGUUUGCGCGCUCGCCAUUUGCACACACAUACGCACCGCUGUAUACCCUCGCGCUUUUCCCAGAGCAGUCGCACUUCUCCAUCUUAAAGCUCACUCGUUUACUUGGUAGCUUGCUACUGGCAACUUUACCCCUGAGCACUGCCCAAAUGGUAGAUAAAACCUCUCUUUUUCAUCAAGGGAGGGCUGGAGCUAUGUAUUCCUCAUCAACUCAUCACACUGCAACUAUAAUCCAUUCGUCAGAUAACAUUCGGUUGCUAGUGUAA